UGGAAGUCGCCAGUCUGUUGAUUCUUAUUGCAAAUCGAUAAGUCCAAAAGAUUCUUUUGUUUCAUUGUGGUUCAACCGUUUGAACUGGUUCCAUCGUCGAUUCAUCGAUCAAAACCAAGAAAAAUCAGAAGACAAAUUUGAACUUUCUCAAUUGAUCAAACCAAGCAAUAUGGACAAAUCUAAUUCACAAGACGGAAAACCACGAGUCGUCGAAAAGGCACGAAUCAUCGUCAAGCUCGAAGAUUGGGAAGGAUUCCAGAAACGCUAUGCACGUGAACAACGCGAGAAAGAGCAAUGCGAGAAAGAGCAACACGAAAAAGAGCAAGGUGAACGUAAUGGUGCCAAUAAGAAUGCCGAUAAAUGAGCAUAUCCACUUACUUCAUACUUUGUGAAUUUUCGAUUGUCAAAAUGAAUUUUUUCUUCUCUACAAUUCGUGUGAUUACGAAAGAAAUUCCAAUAAAAAUAUAAACAAAUCGAAUAUCGAAAUGUGUGUUGAAUUUUAUUGCAGUUCUGAAUAACUUUGCAUCACAUUGUGAUCACAAAAUCAAAUAAGCGUAUGACAAAGUAACGUGUUUAUUUAGGAAGUAUUUGAAAUGAUUAUUUUGCACUUCAAGCAUAAUAUUGUUGGCUGCUGAUUUUGCAUUCAGAAGGAAUGUACGGAUUUUGAGAUCAUUCAAUUGCGACUCGUCAAUCAGAACGAAUAAAAACAAAAACGCUGUUUUUCACGUUGAUCAAGCCAAUCUUGGAACCAUGGACAAUACGAAUCUCUCUGAAGCCGAUAAAAAGGUUGUAAUUGAAGCCGCAUAUAGGGAAAUGAAAAAGGAGGCUCGAGCCAUUACGAAGAGAAUCGCUGAGCUGCAAAUUGAGCACGAUGCUUUGGUUCGAGGAAUCGAAAGCUACGUCAUCGUCAAAACCAAGAACGAAAAAUCGCCGAAAUGAAGAGCAUCGAUGAUUCAUUCGAAGAAUAUUUCAUUUCAUUUUUUCUCAAUAUUUUAUAAGAACGCUGUCGGAACUUUAGUGAGAACAAUAAAACAGUGAUGAAUUGCAAGAUUCCAUAGCAUUUUCAUACUGAAUAAAGUUUUUUUCCAUGCUACAAUCAGAUUUUGUAGGUAGCACUUUGUUGCCAACACUGGAUUGCUCGCCUCAAUUUGCAUGUAGUCCAUGUUAUUCACAGUAAGUACAGGUAGAAAAAGGUAACAUUCUGAUUAAUUUGUAUCGAUAAAUUUGCAUUUCAUUCCUCCUUCAACUGAUUUGCAUUCCGGAAAGUUCAUAAAAAGGAUUUAAUUUCAAAUAUAUCCAGUGUUCCAUUCCAGUAGCGCCUUUAAACCAAAUGCAAUACGUUUAACCAUAUAAAUAAACGUCUUUGAACGUACUGUGUGUUUGCGUGUAAAGAAUGAAUUAUUUCAUCGAAACACGAUAUAUGUAUUUUGAGUUUGAUUCAAAGAAAAAGAUGAAAAAAAAAUGAGUUUACGGUCAAAAAAAUGCGAUUUCUUUUAUUUUUUAAGCCCGGUUGAAGCAACUCGUUUGAUGUAGUAGUUAAGAAAACCUUGAUUUAACUAGUUCUACCUGCUCAUAAACUCCUAAGUGAAACAAAAGUUGAUGUUUAAACGCAGGUAAAUGACGCCGGAGGAGGAAAAAAAUGAUUCGACCGUACGAAAAAAGAAUAAUGUUCUCAGUGACUUGAGAAUGUGUUGCCAUGAAAUCGUAUGCGGAUAUUGUAUAUCAUUUCUUUCGAAUUUGAAACGAACAGUCCUUCUUUCUCAUCUAAGAAAUGGAUCAAAAAUACGAAGCAAAAAUGAAUGUUUUAUCUCGAUGAUUGAUUAGACAAAUGUGAGAAAUAUUUUACCAUACAAACGAAUCGAAUUUUGGAUCGAAUCAUCAAAAAGGUCAGGCAAUGAAUCAACUUUUCCAUGUUUCGUAAACCAUUCUUGAAAUCGUUGUUAAGUUUUAUUGAAAAGGUCGUUCUAUUUUAAACGGCUUCAACGAACCAACUUCCCUUCAGAGAAUCUCAUUUGUCGAAGACAAAAUGCUUCGCGUUCCGAAAGUAUUAAUUUUCAGUUCAUAAAACUAUGAAUUUUUUGAAAGCCUUAAAUCACGCAAUUCAACCAUUUCUACCAAAAAUGAAAUAGAAAGUGCUGCUGUACACGUUCAAUUACGAGCGAAUGAAAUGAAGCGUUGCGGCAAAUUUUUAUAUAUAUGGUUUAGCAGUAAAAGUUAAAGUUUUUCAUUCGUUCGAUUAAAAUAAUUGUUUUCGUUCAAUUGAGAACAAGGUUAACUUUCUCGUUGGUUAGAAACCGAGUCGUAAUCAAAGUUUGAUCAUGAAAACGGUGAUUUUGAAAUUUAUGCAUUUGUUCAAAAAUUUAUUCGUUUAUCCGAGAAUUUAUUACGUUGUAAUUAUUCGAUUUAGCCUUUGGAUUCAUUAAAUUGCGACAUUAUUAGGUUCCACGAGCUGCGCCCGUAGUACACAUAAGACUUUGUGUGUCAUUAGAGGCACGAGUAAAAUUGCAUUUUGCGAGUUUUCAUGCGAACAACGAAAUCUUCCAAACAAUGGCCAAUGUCAAAGUCAACCCACGCUCCAACGAGAAAUAUGAUAAUUUGUUGCGAUUGUAGACGGCGAUUUCAUAAAACUAAAUGACAGAAUCAAAUUAAUGCAACGCCUUGCAUGGCAAACAUAACAAAUGCAUGCGAGUAGAAAAUAAUGCAAUCUUCCUCUUUUUGAUGGGAAUGAAAAUGGCUAGGGCGUCGUAUUGCAUUUACCAUGAACUAUAAUAAAAAAAAUUGAGAUUCAUUUUAGAGUUGAGUGUGUGGAUUAACAGUGUCGUCGAUUUCCAGCGCUUUGUUUGAGAUAUUUUUGGAUGGAAAAAUACCCAUUUGCUUGUUUUAUCUUCUUUUUCGUUCUUUUUUUUCUGUAUUUCUCUUUUGAAGCAUAUUCAAUCACAUAAAUGACUACAACAUGCAUAAAAAAUGUACGAACAUCAAACUGAGGAAUAGUUGCCAGUGUAGGAACAGAAAAAAAACAAAUAAUUAUUACUCCAACGUGACGAGCGCAUAGAGUGGAACUAUUGAAAAGAGAGCAAUAGCCAACUUUGUGGCCGUUCAUUUUGGAUUAUGUCGCUCUUUUGUUACUCGCAUUCUAAAAAUAGCAAAUAAGCUUGGUGUAUACGAGAAAAAAAAACGAAACGAAACGUCAGCCAUGAUUUUGAGAAUUCGCGCCGCAUUUAUUCAAUGACGACUUUAUGAACUGAGCAUGCAAAAGUGCACAUAAAAAGUCGCGUUAGCGUCACAUUAUGAGAGCACAGCAAAUGACUACAAUUGGCUUCUUUGUAGCAAAAAAGCGAGCAUCAGAUGGCAAAUAGUAAGCAUGCUUGCCGUCGUUAUAAUAACAAACAUCGAGUAAGCGUAGGGCUGCCAGCCAACAAAUGUCAACUCGGAUGAAUGAAUCUUUGUCUCAUUACUUUCGAACAUCAUGACGAUGCGCGUCCGAAUGGAUUUCAGGAAAUACGCAGUCGUUAUUUCAAAAUUAUGAUUUGUGUUUCUUCGUUCAAAAAUUAAUGUUUCAAUUUUUUUUCACUUUUUUUUCUAGUGUGUAUACAAGGAAAGUGUGGCCAGUGUUGGCACCAUUUCUCAUAUCAACAACACAAAAAACAUCGCUUUUAUGAGCAUUGCGCGUGUACUAGUGGAAGUAGUCGAAAUGCAUGUGUGCAAAGGAAUUGAAGAGAAUGUUUUAUGACGACCGACCGACCAACCGAACGAACGACAGAAGAAAUGAGAAAAGUGCAGUUUCUCAGAAUCGACCGGUAGGAGAUGCAGCCACUUUUACUAAUCUAACCUCCUUUUACACGUAUUCCAACACAAACGGUGACAAUUCUUCUCGUGUUUUUUUUCUCUACCUGGCAUGGCUGUUUUCUUUAUGACAUUUGGAGGCUACCUCGAACGUAUUUAGGUAAAUAGAAAACAUACGCAGUAAAUGUUAUGAAUGUUAGUGUAUUCGGCCGUUGUAUUUGUUAUGUUCUACCAAUUACAUUUGGAACAUGGCAACAAUUACCGACUUUCUUUGAGAAACGUCUUUCAAACAAUUCGUUAACAUUCAUUGUUCUACUGUCAAUCAAGCAACAUCGAUACACUGAGGCACAGAGGUAGCCAAUAGGUUUAAAAAUGGACGUCGAUAUCGCCGAUGAAGAGCAAAAACAUUUCAUACAAGCAUUUGCCGGUAAAAAAAACGCUGAAUUUUAUCUGAAAAAUCUAUCAUUUUGUGUGAUCGUUCAAAUCUAACUGGGCAAUCUAAAUUGUUCGAUUAAAUUCAUAGCAAACGUUCUUUGAUAGUUUCAAAAUUCGUUUUUUCAAUCGUUUGUUCUAUUUUCAGGACCAACCGAAGUGUAUCGACUCUUUGAAGAACAUCGUAAAAGAAAUGUAAGUCAAUACUUUUUGUAACAGAUAAAUCAAAGAAAAAAAAUCGUGAUGAUGGCUUUCAAAAUAGUCAAAAGUGCUCAAAACUUGUUUUCUCGAGUUUCAAUUCCGUCCAAGAAUGCCAGGAAUGGGAAGCAAAUCAAAAAACCAUUUCAUAUAAUAUUGCCAUUUUAAUCCAUUUGUUAUUCCGAAAACAUGUUCAAAAUGACACAAAAAUGUCUUCAAACGACAAUCAAUUUUUAAUUAAUUCCAAUUCAAUCGCUGUUUUGUCCAUUUUAAUCUAUUUUUCUAUCAUUUCUUUAUUUUUCUGCAAUUAUCGAUACCCAUUUCAAUCAUCGUAAUUGUUUGACCAUUUUUGUCGACAUCAUCAUCAUCAUCGUCGUACUUUUUCAAUUUCCAAAGAUAAUUCUCACAUUCAACAUUGAUUUAUGUCCAUUUUUAUUUGCAGCCUCCGCUAUUUCUCCAACGUAAUUUGACCUAUGUCAUCCAGAAAAAGUGCCGGCCGAAAAAGCCACGCCGACGAUCAAGUGGGAAAUUCAACACUUUACAUUCGAUUGCUGACAAAUUGGGCGAACAGAAACGCGGCGCACGGCAUUACAUGACGUUGACCUUUUCGGGUUUUCGUUGCGAUGAGCUCGCAAAUUAUCGGCAUGCCGAAGUGCAGGUCAUUCACAAACAAACCAAAAUCAAUGUGAGUAGAACAGGCGUGUGUAAUUUCAGUACAUUCGUGCCAGUGAUAUAUAAUUUCAGACUGAAAUUUUCAGUGUUGUUGUGAAUAGAAGAACGAAGAAAAAAUGUUGCUGAUUUCAACGCUUUCGUUUAUCAUUGUUUUGUGUAAAUAAUUUGGAAUUUGUUUUGUUUUGUUUCGCUUUUUUUUUGCAGUUAACAUCCGUGAUAAUCGACAUCAAUCCGAAUGAUAUGCUAAAAGGUUUGUCGACAAUUAGCCUGCCAACUGAGGCGCUGAAAAUAACCACACCGGAUGGUGACCUAUUGGAGAUCACAACGUGUGUUUUACUGUUUAAAGUGAGAGUUAUUGAUAAAGUGGCACAAAAUGGUUAUUUGAAUCGUGACGAUGAAAAUUACGCGUUUGAUGCGGAAUUGGAAUUGUUUGACAAGAGUCGAAAUGGUUUGAUUGCCAGUGGGCUGCAUGAACUAACAUUCGCGUACGAAUCAAAUGCAGGACUAAUGUCACUGCCCAAGCAAGCGAUGUGGAAAAUUAAGCAUUUUGUAAAAAAAUCGCUAUCGAUGAAUGCAAUUGAUGAUGAUGAUAACGAGUUUUUGAAACCGGCCAAAAUGACGUGCCAUUUGCAAUGGUCGCGUGAAAUCAGUUUUAACAGCGAAAACAAGGAAAAUGGUGAAAUGGUUAAUGGUUCGAAUGGGAACGGUGGCAAACGACGGGUUUUUACACGAAGUCGUUCAACUGGAAGCAUUAUGAGCCGCCGAUUUUCCACAUACAAAUCCAAUGACAAUAUACAGUGUCUAGUCUAUCAAUUUAUUCACAAGAAUUACCGACAAAAAACCGAGCUAUGGGAUCGGCUCAAGUGCCCGUGGUGCUCGUUGAAAACAUCAAAUAUGUACAUUUUACUAAAGCAUUUAACGUUGUGCCAUGGACGGUUCAAAUUUAAAUAUGUGCCGAACACGAGUGAAAUUCGAAUCGAUGUGUUCGUGGACAAGCGUAAAGAGUCAACAAUCGAUCCGUUCAGUCGACUGGCAACGAAAUUUCGCGGCAAUGAGCCACACAAACGCAAAGUUAUGACUACAAUACUUGUCAAUCGGCCGGAACGUCAACGGCCACGUCUGUCAGAAUUUUUAAACUUUGACACAAACCCACGGCGAACAUAUUACCAUUCGUACAGCGGUUUGCCAGUUAAGCCAAGUGAAUUUGAUGUGGAUUCAGAAGCUGAAAUGGAUCCAAUUUGGUUGCGUGAGAACACUGUCAAAAUGAUCAAUGACUUUCUCGAUGUGAACGACGGCGAAAAAACCAUUAUGAAAUUAUGGAAUUUAUUUGUGCUGAAAGAAGCGUAUGUAAGUGAUUCGCAAAUGCCAGCAGCUGUUGUGGCGUUCAUCAAAAUGCACGGCCACUCGAUUAUAGCCAAUAAUCUGUAUCGCAAUUGCAUCAUCCACUUAUCGAAUUUAUUUGAUUAUGGUUUGAUAUCGGCGAAAGACCACUUUAGAGCCGUUAGAACAUUGCAUGAGCUGCUCACUCGCGAUUCAACGCUGUGCGAUUUUCUCAAGCAGAGAACCGAACAACAACGUGAUCAUUUGCGAUCAUUGCGACUGGCAAAUGUUGGAAAAACGCCAAGCAAACGAAAACGUACGGUAUUUCACAUGGAAUCGGCAAUCAAGAGACGAUUGCGUUCACAAUCCAGGGCCGAACCCAUCGUACAGAACAAAAUCAAACGCACCGAAACAAUCAAUAAAAUCAGCACGCCAACCAUUUCAACGCCGAGACCCGUUCGAAAAUCGGCUCGUAUUACACAGUAAUGAUGGUUGGGGCAGAGAGAGAGAACGUUAAUGGUUGGCAGAGAAUGUGAACUACAGAGAACAUGCACAGCAGAGAAAAUGAACGACAAAAACGAAAUUUUCUUACAGAAAAUUCCAUAAAUAAAACAAACGAAAAUUAUAAUUAGUGUAUAAUGAAGUAUACGGAACUUCUCGUAGGUCAAUCAAACACGCAAUUUGCAGAACACACACACACACAUAGAAAUGGGCGCCUGUGAAACACUCUUCUGCUUCUCUAUUGUACGACUGCUAGAUACAUGCAUCGCUACAUACACUCAGAACACUCUCCAUUUUCACUAAUUAUCAUUUGCUUCUUCGUAUUUAUGGUGCGCUAGUGAAGUUAUUUAUGCGCACGAUUCCAUUCGGGUCAGUGACAUGAAUGUCAGGUUUUUCCUUUUUUUAUCGUUUUGUUCGUUGUAUAUUUCGCCGUUUCAUUCCAUUUUCCACACACAGUUCGACAAAUGCAUUUUGUGAGCUUCGUGCAGCGAAGAUAAUCAUGUCUAUUGUUCUUUGUGUAAUUGGUUUUGCCUGCGUUUUUUUUUUCUUUUCGUUUCUUCUUUAUUGAAUCGAUGAGAACAACACAUUCGAAAGUUUAACCGCAAGGGUCGUUUCAAUCUAGCGCCUUUCCAAAUCGAACGAUUCUUGACUUGCAACUAUUGGAAAUUGAUAUAUUCAAACAUUUUGAAAUGCAUACUGGAAAUUGAUGCAUAUUCAAUUGGCCUCAUGUUUGCAAACAACAUUCCAAAUUGAGCAAAAAUGCAAUAAUAUUUCGUAUUUGAAAGGAAAUCCACUAGCAUUUAGAAUUAGAAAGAAUGUAAUAUUAAAAACACACCAAUGACAUUUGUGCGGUCGUCAUUGUAGUUUUACGUAAUUUAUUAGAUUAAGCAGAAGAUUCUCGGCUAUGGAUCAGUGACUGAAAUAAAGUAACAUUACAUAAAAACACGGUAUGAUUUAUCAUUUUCAUCGUUUUAUGUUUCAGCAUUUUAUUGAAGCCGGCACAUUUUCAUAGAACUCAGUAAGGUAGAAUGGGAAUUAAUGAAGGUAAUUAAUUAUGAUAUUUUUUAAAUUCACCGUCGACUGAGUGCACUGCAGUGUCAGAAGCGUUAUAAAAAAUACGCAUAUAACUCAUCGUUUAUUGCCUUUAUGAAAUCGUAAAUAAAUAUGUGAAUAAAUUUCAAUUCAUUAAACAAAAAAAAACAAAGAACCCAUCGAACGAUUAUAAAUGUCGAAAAAAGUGUUGAAAAUUCAUCUCCGUCUCAUUCUACAAUCGAAUGAAUGUUUCACUCAUGCUAGGAAAGAAUGGGCCGCAUUAUUUUUGGAAUUCCAACAUGCAUCGCCGUCGAGAGCAAAAAGCAUCAAAUGGAAAUUACGACAAAAAAACAAAAACGAAGAAGAAUUGACUUUUGACACAUGUUCGAAAUGCAUGAGGUAUUGAGCACCGACUCGUCGACUAAAUUGGCCGCUUCGUUCCUUUCAGCAAAAUCCAAAAAACGAGAGAGGAAAAAAUUCUGUGCGAGCGCACAUAUUUCAUAAGUGUCUUUCACGAUAUUUAAUUAGUUUUUUGGAUAAAAUUCAUUUCGUUGUCGAAAUGAUUUGUUUCAAACAACACGCGCGCCAUUUAGAAGCACGUUAUUCGGAUUAAGUGGAGAAGAACGGGCUCAGAGUGUUUCGAAUCCAUCAAUUUCUAUUUAUGCAUCAUUCGUUUAGUGAAUAAAUAAUAAAGGCAAAGAUCGGUGCUCGGAUGUAAAUCCAGUGUUGAGGUCGUUCUUGUAACAGAAAGAAUCUAAAAAUAGACGCGAACAAAACCUACGCGGCGAAAUGCACACAUAAUUGGUUUUCCAACGCGGCAAUUCCUAUUUCUCAUAUCUUGGCUGUUCUUAUUCAUUGGCCUUUCCAGAGUGUUUGCUAUUUUGGUUAUGCAUUCCGUCAUAUAGACUAAAUACUAAAGAAUUUCUCGCGAGCUCGAUUUUACGUCGACAGAUUUUGCUUCGGAUAAAACCACUUCGUAUCAGUUUAUAAAAAGAGAAAGCAUUUAGCAAGAGAACCGUUUACGCGUUCCAAUGAGAAGCCAGCAAAUAUUUUGAACAUGACACAUACACACUUGGUACCCAUGGAACUAAUGUGUUUUUGCUUUUGUACUCACUUUCCAUGGUGUGUUGAUUUUGAUCUUGCGAAUGAGUCAUGCAAUGUGCAAAUCGUUGGUACGCAAGCCUCUUUCAAAGCCGUGCUAUUAGAUUCAGUAAAUGUCGAUGAUUCAUUCGGUUACGGCGAAAAAGGAACCGAAAUUGUUUUAUCCAAGAAUUUGUCCUUAUGUUCCGAUGUUUUAUGAAAAUUUACUCGUGUUUCGCAUUAAAAUGACGAAUUCAACACAUUUUGACACAAUCGAAUAACGAAUUUUAGUUUGAAUAACAAGGAAAUUGGCUAUUAUACCAAGGAAUUCAACUUGAGUUUACAAAUUAUCAUCUUUUAACCGGCUUUAUUCUUUCAUCUCUAGAUGAAUUGAAAAUUUUAUGUCUUUUUCGCUGAAAUUUUACGGGUCGAAAUUUGAAUGUGCGCAUUCGCAUCAAACACACACACCCGUAAUAAUUAGUCGAAAUGCCCUUUUCAAUGACAAAAAUCAAUGAAAUCCAAUUCAUUUCGGUGCGGCUUGCAAUUAUCAAUUUAUUGCCGCUUAGCAUUUAAAAUGCUCAUCAACAAUUUUUUUGACGAUCGAUGUAUAGGCAUUUCUGCGAACGCUGUUCUUCUCUCUCUCUCUCUCGUCGCUAUAAUUCCGUCAUCGUGCGCAUACAUGUUUUAUGCGAUGUAAUUUUAAAAAAAAUGAUGUUGAAGCCACUCCAUAAAUGUUAUACGCGCUCAAAUAAGCACAAACCGAUGGAAAAAAGAGACAUAAAGAGCAGAGCAUUGCUUCACGCUUGAAUAAUGUAUGCUCGAGAACGGAAAGCGUGGUUUGAAGCCAUAACAAUUUAAUACUUAAUGAGACUAUUGUGUGAUUAGCGGCAUUGGUUUAUUGCCAUUCGAAAAUAUGUUUCCAUUUGGCAGCGAUUUCGUGGUUAUGCCGUUCUUUUUUGCCGGGCAAAAACAAAUGUGUAUUACGUUUAGCAUAUCAUUUUUGCUAUUUCCACACAACAAGUUGCAUGUGCAUUCGACAUCGAAUUGAUCGAUUGAUCGAAGUUUGUUUACCUUUGAACGUAAACAACAACAAAAACAGCAACUAGUAACAAUAAUAAAACGUAAAACAUAAUAUUGGAAAGUUAUUGUCGUUCUCAAGUCAUGUUGUUAAUGCGUCGAAAACAUUGAUGGUUGUCGGUUUUUCGAAGCAAUCAAAUCAACGGCAACACUCAAAUCAAUUGUUUAUGUCUAUUAUAUGAACGGAAAUGCUUUAUAUGUCACUUUAGUAUUAUUGUGCGGAGUAUGAAAUAAUCGGUUGCGCGUUAUGUGUACGGGAAUAGAGCGCCAUUAACAGCUAAACAACACAUUUUACACUCGAUCUCAAUCUCGAGAGCGCAUCUCUCGCAACAACGAAAGAAAGCAAAAAGAGCUGUGAAUGAGAAAGAGAAUGACACAAGUGAAACAAUGGCGCUGUCGCAAUUCCGUGCAGCAUCAAAUGCGCUUCGCUUUUGGUUUCCAUCGUUAUUUAAUGCGCACGCACUUCUUUCGAUAAAUAUUAAUUUUGCUUUAUACACUGCGCCCAUCGUCAUCAUCAUUAUUUAUUACAUUUAUGACUUUGUAUGAUUAUUCGUAAUCAUUUAUCAAUUCAACUUGUCAUUCCGUUGACAAGCGAAGAAAUUCAGCAAAGAUUUUUCUUUCUGUCUCGAUUAUUUCUCUUUUCAUAGUAUGGAAUGAUUGCCAUUCGUUUCGCUUCAUUAUGCUCUGAGGCCUCGAUCCACAUUGAUAGAGCGUCGUAAGUUACGACUUGUAAGCGAGCAAUGAAAAAAAAACAAACAGGAACAAAAUCGUCCAAUUUCGAUCUACAAACAAUAUUCCAAGGCGCGCGACUAUUUAUUAUUUCAUUUGAUUAUUAUAAAAUCAUACAUAACUUGUGCUCGGAUGAAACGAACGACGUAGCGAUUCAUGCAAUGGAACUAUGCGUGAACAAAAUGUAUGGGAGAAUUCAAUGUGCUUACGUCAAAUGGAACGAUUAUACAAGCGAAUGAUGGAAACAAAGAAAUUACUACGAAUCAUAUGAAUCAAUCCAUCUCUCUUUCUCCCUCUCUGUAUUUCCGUUGAGCCACUUUAUCAACGAACGCACAGAGCAAAAAACACACCAAACGAUUUUUCAUUCUAGCACCAGCAAAACAACAUUUGAAUGAAUUUCAUUGAUUGCAUUCAACGUGACUCAGUUCUGAUAAUAUUCCAUUUUUAUUUUGAUAUUUUGCUUCUAAACGAUUCGCCACGAUGGUUUUUGUAUUGUUUGAAACGAGAGAAAAAAAUGAAGAAAAAAAAAACGUUUACGUUCAAAUAAGAGAGAAAAAAGCGAAACGUUUACACUACAUUUGUUUAUCGAUUCAUGAACGAAUUGUGAUUGCGUUAUGUGCGCGUGUGGAAUGGAACGUGGUUGUUGUUGAUGUAGUGUUUCAAGGCGUUUUGUUCGCCUCCGUCUGUUUCAUAUAGAAUGUUUCGAUGAUUAGAAGAAUUUUAAGUUACAUUUCAAAUGAAUAUCGAAACGCGGUUCAGGUGUGCGGUCGGUUUCGUGUGGAUAUGAUACUGCAGCCAGGGCUAUUCAAUUUUUAUGACUUCUUAUUAGUUGCGAUUACGUAUUUAUAUGGGUAUUUCAAAUGGAUUUCACUUUCGGUACGAUAUCGACUAGCCAACCGGCUUCGAUUAAACAGAUUUGCCGCUAAUCCCCUCAAACGAAUCGAUAAACGGCGCGCUCACCUAUUAAAGACACAUUCAAUUACACUGCGUCGUGUGAUCAAGACGGUGAAUGAGUCAUUCGUGUCGUAAUGUGUUUGUUUGAAUCGUGCGAACGACGACGACGACGACGACGACGACGAUUUGAACAGCAAUUAUAUUUAUUCAAUGAGACGUACAAGCAAACGAUAAGUAGUAUCUCUUACUCUCGGCACCAAGAUGGAAUGACUCAAAGCGGCUACAUUUCAAUUUGCCUCUUCUCACAGUUUCAUCGGCAAAUCGGCUUUUAUCACGACAUACCAAGAGCCGACGUGAGCGUGUUAUCUGUCAUGAAAACUAUCGUCGGGGAAAUUGAAUUGUGGGCACAGAUAAUGCAAUUACGGUUCGGCAUGAAACAGGAAAAUCAACAACCACAUCUCAUUCGAGAUAAUCGAUUUUGCCAUUGCUAUCUCCAUUAGGGAGGCAGCUCUUAAAUGUGAUUUCUUUUUCGUUCACUGCUACUUCAUUAUUUUUACAUUUAAUUUGAACCAUUUGCUGCAGAGAAUGCUGGAGUCACCUUCGAUUGUGAUAAAUCGUUUCGAAACCAUAAAUGGAGAGAGCUGUGAGAAUAGUUUCAGCCGCUGCUUCUGAAACUCCAUUAGGUUUGGAAAAUAGGAAAUAAAUGGAGAAAAAGAGAGUUUUACCAUGUCGAUUUGCUGCCAAAAGAACGACUCUUCCGUUGAAUUCCUUUCCCCUAACGACCAUAAUGUAAUACUGCUUCUUUUCUUUCCAUUGUGGAAAUUGCUUCAUUUGUUCUAGCAAAUCGAUAAAUUCGGUGUGUAAGUGCGUGCGUCAAUGGAAAAAAAUCGAUUUGAAACUCGACGGAAAAAACACCACAUUCUUCAUCGAAAUUGCCAUCGAAAUUCGGCGUUCGUUUCGCAUAGCUUAUACACUAUGCUCAGCAUAGUAUGCUGCUGCUGCUACUACAUAGAACAGAACAUGUUCCGUAAUUGGCGUUACUUUUGCGCAACGAGGAAAAUGGAAAAUGAAAGUGCUCAGUUCCGCCGCAUUCAAUCAAAAAGCAGCUACAUCCACAUCGCACACACAUACAGCUUUUACCGUUGGUGUGGCAACAGUAACGAAUGUCUGGAAUUUGAUUUAAGCAUCGACCGACGGAAUAAAAAAAAAACUCGAAAAAAUCGGGUGCUUCAAUGUAACGUUAGUGUACAGAAUGCGGCAAGAUAGUUGGGUGUUGGGCGAUAAGCCAUUUGUCAACUUCAGCUGUUUGUAUUCGGGGCGAACAGUGUUCGCCAUUCAUAUCGCUUCCAUACACACGCACCCGAAAUUUGUCGGAAAAACAACACACACACUGAAUGUAAAUUCUUUGUCUGCGUUCUCCUGGUCGCACCGAGAGGAUGUGUGGUUUUGUUAAAUGCUUUGCACGCUAGUCUUUGUACAUCUGUUGAAAGUCCCAUUACAAUGAGACUUUUCAAUCCCGGUGCUAAUGGCAAAAUAAAACAUCGAACGUUGACUGCAUGGAAACAUUCGCCGUGUUGCUGCUGCUGCGCCAUGGAAAAUGCAGAUAUUUCUCGGGCAUUCACAAACAAUGGCUGUAGUUGUGUGUCAUACGCUGUGUUGCCGGUGUUUUAAGAUGCCGCAUUCGUUUCAUUUUCCGAAACUCAAAGUUGGGGUUGGCUGCAUGUCGUUAAUACACGCACAGCAUCACCAUAACGAUAAUAAACAUCCAUUCAUACAUUUUGAAAAAUGAAAUGGUCUGUAUGGUGGAAAUAUUAUGAUUAACACGAAUAAUUUUUGUUGUUGUUGUUGAUUUUCUAUUGUCGGAAACGUAAAGUGAAUGUGAUGCGGGGACUCAAAACACACAUACACAGUUGACAUUGUUCGAUGCAUAUCGUAUACGAUAAAUUGGAAUAAAAAAGACGGUCGGUUUUUAUUCAUUUUAAUCCCCGUAUGUAACAGUACGACCGUUCGACUUUUUAUCCAUAUGCAUUUAUGUAUUUUAUAUGUAUAUUGUCACCGAAAUCAACACGAUUUGUACGACGAAGAAGAAAAUCAAACACGAAAAAAUCGGCUUUACGUCAGAGUAAUAGAAAGAGAUUGCCUUUCCUUUUCAUCGACGACGACUACGACGAUGACGACGACGACGGUGGCGGCGACAACGUUGUUUGAAAGUUCGAAAUAAAACACAUUUUAUUCGGAAUGGACUAAUAAAAAUGUUGCAGUUAAACUGGCUGGGUUCGAGUGAAAUAAGUCGUUCUCCACUGUGUGUAUACUAAAUAUACUGCAUUUAAGCGGCAGGUUUAACGCCCACAAAUCAAAAUGCAGACACACUGUACCAUUAUCUUGAUUCGACUGAUCGUUGAAACGGUGUUUUUAUAUUCAAAUCCGUUCCACUCCAACAAUAUUGUGAAGAAGAAAACGGAAAAUAAAUUUAUUGAAAAAAAUACGAGAAAAACGAUGAAAAUUGCAUACUCAUGUCAGCACCGUGUCUUCGAUCUUUGGGCUGCCUAUCUGCAGUGCAGUGUUGCUUUGUUGCACACAGAAAUUGGAUAUGGUUGUUUUUGUUGCUGCAACAGCGGAAGGUGUUGGCUCAUUUAUUAUAUUAUAUAUAUCGAAACAUGUUUGUUACGCACUCGAAAUCAGGUAUUGCCAGUUUUUUUUGAAUAGUCACUCCGCCAGUGUGUUCAGCUGAGAGAUAGUGAGUUCUUUGAACGUAUGUUGACUUUGUUACACAGUAACCGGAGCCACCACACACACGCAAUUUUUGCUGGAUUUAUAUGGGCAAAAUCGUUCAGAAUUUUGUUCGUAAAAUUUAAAUGUCAUUUGGUAUUCUGUCGGAUUAUCAACCAUAUGCUGGUGGCUAAAAUGAGACGGUCGCCACCAAAUGGCAUAUUAAAAAAUCAUAAGCAUAAACAAAGGUACAAGACAAAUUGCGCAUGGACGACGAAGACGACGACAACAACUACACCUGUGUGAUAACAUAUUUUAUUCUGCUCGGGCUGUUGUUGUUUUUUUUGUUUCAAUAUGUUCUUGGAAGCAACCGAAAAAGGACAAGUAGAUAAAGUCAGUAAAAAAAUCACGUACUUCGUCGCAGUCACGAUGAAUGAAAACACACAACGAAUAUUGAGUCAAAGUAGGAAAACGAG